CUGUUGUUGUUUUGCCGCAGGGUCAGUGAAUAAAUCCGUUUUUCAUUUCAAUCGUUCUCUGCACAUAUUUGCAGAAACAACCGUUAAAAGCCAAGGCGUCCCGAGGGUCGGCUCCGUGUGGACUGAAAUGAAAGGUAAAGAGCGGUCGCCGAUUAAAAAACGCUCCCGGGCCCUGGACGAUAUACGAGACCGGGGAGGAUGCCACCCGACCAGCAAGAAAAUGGGGGCUCUCUCCGUGUCCACCGGGAGUAAUAAUGGGAAUAGCUCGACGAAAAACGACGGAGGCUCGACGAGAAGGAGUCUGCUGGCUGAAAAAAGAGACAGAGAUUUCGACGGGCACAGUCGGACUGGAAAUAAUCACGGCUGUCAGUCUGCAGUCGCCAGCUCCGUGGGUAAAAACCACAGCCUGAGCCUGACGCUGGAUUUAGCCCCUGCGAGGACCACCUCUCGGGGGGAGCAGCGGGUGCAGCCGCCCGGUGCAGAGAGUGAGUACAAAACCCUCAAAAUAAGCGACCUGGGCACCCAGCUGAACGACGAGGACAUAGAGGAUGGACUUUUUCAUGAAUUUAAGAAAUUUGGAGAUGUGAGCGUCAAGAUAAGCCGCAGCAACGACGAGCGGAUCGCGUUUGUGAAUUUCAGGAAGCCGGAGGACGCUCGUGCCGCAAAGCACGCGCGGGGCCGGCUGGUGCUGUAUGACCGGCCACUGAAAAUAGAGGCAGUGUACAUCAACCGGAGGAGAAGCCGCUCCCCUGUGGAGAGAGACUUGUAUGGGGCAGCUCCCAGCCACAGACAUUUGCAGAGACCCCUGUCGCCCACUGGGCUCGGAUACAGAGACUACCGGCUGCAGCAGCUGGCCCUGGGCCGGCUGCCCCCUCCCCCGCCGCCCCCUCUGCCCAGAGAGCUGGAGCGGGACCGGGAGUUUGCCCUGUUCGAAGCCAGGACGCGACCAGCUUUCAUUGCAGAGCGAGCAGCCUUUCGAGAAGAGGAUUUUAUAUCUCCAGAAGAUGACCAAAGAGCCAAUAGGACGUUGUUUUUAGGCAAUCUGGAUACAACUGUGACUGAAGCAGACCUGAGGAGAGCUUUUGACAGGUUUGGGAUCAUAACAGAAGUGGACAUUAAAAGACCCACACGGGGACAAACCAGCACAUAUGGAUUUUUGAAAUUUGAGAAUCUGGACAUGGCUCAUCGUGCUAAAUUAAGCAUGUCUGGCAAAAUAGUGGGACACAACCCCAUAAAGAUUGGCUAUGGUAAAGCAACUCCCACCACACGCCUGUGGGUUGGGGGACUUGGGCCAUGGGUUCCUGUUGCUGCCCUGGCAAGAGAGUUUGAUCGCUUUGGCACUAUAAGAACCAUUGACUUCAGAAAGGGGGACACUUGGGCCUAUAUUCAGUAUGAAAGUCUGGAUGCUGCACAGGCGGCAUGCACACACAUGAGGGGCUUCCCACUGGGGGGUCCAGAGAGAAGACUUAGAGUGGACUUUGCUGACACUGAGCAUCGCUACCAGCAGCAGUUCCUGCAGCCUCUCCCUAUACCACCAUUUGAUAUGGUGGCAGAGUCUUUUGUCCACCGUGCCACACCUGAACCCCUGAGGGUCAGGGAACGGACUCCACCUCCUCUUCACUUCAGGGAGAGAGAGCUCUUUCCCGGAACUGAGUGGCCCAACCCAGCCAUUCGAGAUCGGGUUCGAGCCUCACCCUUUGAGCCUCUGGAGCACUUGGAACGUGAGCGACGGGCACGAGAGCCCUGGUCUUUGGAGCGAGAGCUGCAGGGACGAGAACCUCCACGAAAGCGACGUGCAAUGGAAGACGGACGCCACAUAGACCCCUCCCCUGACAGCACUGAAAGGACACUAAGGCGUAGGCGUGCUUCUCCAGAUUGCAGUCCUGGAGGUAGCAGCAGAGACGGAGGGCGCUUCAGUGACUCAGAUCGGCCCCUUCGGGGAGAGCGACCCUCCCCCGCACGAGAGGGCCACAGCAGCCUUGAAAGAGGCGGGGCUGAGCGGAGACUCAAAAGCCAGAAUCUCUCUGACAAGGGACCUUUAGGCAGCGGUGUUUCAGCAGUUGGAGAGCGUAAGCGCAAAGCAGGUGACGGUGGUAAGGGGCCGGCCAAGAGGGAACGUUCUGAAAUCAGUUCCAAGGGAGGCCAGGCGUCCAAACCAGAUGGCAGCAAACUCGGUUUGGCCUGGCAUGGCAUGCUUCUGCUCAAGAACAGCAACUUUCCAGCCAACAUGCACCUGCUGGAGGGCGAUCACAACGUGGCCAGCGACCUACUUGCAGAGGGCACAUCAGGAAGGCAGGUGGGAGAGCUAAAGAUUACUCAGCGUCUCCGUCUAGACCAGCCCAAGCUCGACGAGGUGUCCCGGCGCAUCAAGGUGGCGGGUCCCGGUGGCUACGCCAUCCUGCUGGCAGUUCCUGGUCCCACAGAGGAUUCAUCUUCAUCAGACCCUGCAUCAUCAACACAGCGUCCGCUUCGCAACCUGGUGUCCUACCUCAACCAGAAACAAGCAGCCGGAGUCAUCAGCCUGCCUGUGGGAGGGAGCCGGGAUAAAGACAACACGGGGGUUCUUCAUGCUUUCCCUCCCUGUGAUUUCUCCCAACAGUUCCUGGAUUCCUCUGCCAAAGCUCUGGCUAAAAGCGAAGAGGACUAUCUGGUCAUGAUUGUGGUCCGUGGAGCAUCUUAAAAAAAAAAAAAAUCUGAACUCUCAAGUGUUGUUAAAAAAUAAGGAAUCUGCUGUAUGUCAGUAACUAUUGCAUGCUGUGUGUUCUGCAUUAUAGGGUACACUAGUAUGGUUCCUUAGUGUUUGUAUGUUGCCAUGUAAUCCACUCAAAGGACAAAUGGUGCCCUCCUACAAAACUAAAAGGACGUGUGUUUUUUGGAAAUUAUUUUUGAAAGGUUGUAUGAAUUGCUUACGAAAUCAUAAACCUGCAGUAAUUCAGUCAAAUUACAGGAAAAUAUGAGGAGCAUUCAUUAAAUACAUUUCAGUUUCAUUUAAAAAGAAAUAGACGAUAAAACACUUUUUUGGGGUUGAUUUACCCGUUAAACAUUUUAGCUUAGCCAACUCUUCUACAAGAAAACAAAUUGAGAAUUUACAAAUGGAUUGAGUGGACACAAUAACACCUCUACUACGGUAAAACCAAAAACAAUAGCCUCCAAAGCUACUAUAGGGCCCCUUUCACUCUGUUACCAAAAGCUGGAAAUGACAAGCUUAACAAAGGUCUGGGCUAUCAUUCUGCUUACCGUUAAACUGUAUAGUUAUUAUUGUGUCUACAUCCUGAACAGACGCUUUAAUGAGAAUCAAAAAACAUCAUUUUUUUAAGCUUCAAGUUACAGUGCAAUAAUAUUUCUGCUCUGUUAUCUGUUUUUAAUGAAUGGAAACCAUUAUUAGACAUUUUUGGAGGUUUUCAUUGAAGGUGUAGUAGUUGAGUUGGUACUGCAAAGCUGAUCAGGAUGAGAACCCUGGUCACACUACUCUUCUUCAGCUCUUCACAAUCAGGUUUCUAGAUAUCUUGCCUUCACCAGGCUUUGAUAUCAACAAAAUAGUUUAAGAGGUGAAUGGAGUGUGGUGUACUGAAGAAGAGUUGUGUUUUAAUUUUGAUACACUCUCACUGGCCUGCCUGUGUGUGUGCUCAAGUUACCAACCACUUUGAAGGUCUCACCAGUUAAAGGGUCAAUAGUGAAGCUCACACAUUGUUUGAAAAGUUACAAAUCAGGUUCAUACUGUUGAUUUGAGAGUAUCUUUUAUUCAUGUGUUCCUCAAUAUUAGAACACCAAAUUGCAAGAUAGACAAUGAAUUCAGUUUGUUUAAUGGUAAAUCUAAAUAGUCAACUCUGUGGAGUGCUGAAUACUAAUUCGCCCAGGGAACCGCCCAUAACAACAGUCAUAGCUUAGUAAAACAAAUACUAACAUGUUUUCACAUUUUAUUUUGUGCAUCCCUACCUUAGAAAUGGUUGUGUAAUGUGAUCUUUAAAAAAAACUACAGUAGUAAUGGAUAAAAAAAAAAAGCUUAGAGAGUUUUGUGUUGUUUCAUUUAUUGCUCUGAAACAAGUAGGUCCUCUAAGAAUAAUAAUAUUCAGUAUCAGUAAUAUGUUGGUACAAAGUUACAGGAAUUUGCUAUUUGUUCAGUAAGUAGGUCUGUGUAAAUCAAAGUUUUAGAAAUUAUUUAACAGUUCAUGUUUGAAUUUUAAUUUUAGAGGUAUAAAUUGGACUAUAUCUUACUCAUGCCUGCCAACAUGUUCCCAAGGCCUACUUGCCGUGUUUUGUUUUGCCAUUGUAUGUUUGUCAUGCAAUAGUAACCCACCCUGAAUUAUGAUUUGCUGAGUUUGGUUUAAUAUGUAUUGAAAACAUUAAUAUGUCAGAAAAUGGUUGUGUGUGAACAACACAGCCACUUCAACAUUGGACUCUAUGAGGAGACGAAUGCAGAGCUGAAUCCUCUGCAGAGAUGUUUGUGAGUCCUCCCUAAAGAGGCUACUUUAAAGUUGUGUAUCCCAUCUGCACCUGUGAUGACUUCUGUUUAAAAUGGAAAAUUGAGCAAUGUACACUUUGAUGUCAUGGGAAAGGAAAAUCCGUAGAGCCCAUGCGAAGCUGUUCACAUACCUGCAAGUGCGUUUGGGCACUUAAUGUGACCGAUUAUCAAUAAAUUGUUCAUUUGAAGGGAAA